UAAAUCCACGCAGUGCACUAUGGAUCGUUCUCUUCGUUAGUUCUUGGUUGGAAGAUGGGAAAGCCAAGAGGUUUAAGAACCGCUCGUAAACUCAAGAAUCACCGCCGAGACCAAAGAUGGCACGACAAAGGAUACAAGAAAGCGCAUUUGGGAACGGCUCUGAAAGCUAACCCUUUUGGUGGUGCUUCUCAUGCUAAGGGAAUUGUUCUCGAGAAAGUGGGAGUUGAAGCCAAACAGCCAAACUCUGCUAUCCGAAAGUGUGUGCGUGUACAGCUCAUUAAGAAUGGCAAGAAGAUCACAGCUUUUGUGCCAAAUGAUGGUUGCCUUAAUUUCAUUGAAGAAAACGAUGAAGUUUUAAUCUCUGGUUUUGGCAGAAGAGGUCACGCUGUUGGUGAUAUUCCUGGAGUGCGAUUUAAGGUUGUAAAGGUUGCUAAUGUAUCACUUCUUGCUCUUUUUAAAGAGAAGAAGGAACGUCCUCGAUCUUAAUGAGACUGUAACAACAAUAAACUUGUGUAAAUUGUUUCAGUA